AUGUUUUCAAAGAGGUUUACAGAAGAGUGGAAGUGUAGGAAGCAAUGGGUGACUGAAGAUGGCAAGCCUAAUUUUCAGAAACUGCUGCAAGAGUUUGACCAGACUCCUGUGCCUGUAGCCAAUUGCAAUGCAAAAGAAUACAAUGCAAAUCCCAAACAAGUUAUGCCUUUUAAAGAAUUUAUACAAUAUUGGAAGGAAUACAUUCAGAAUGGACACUCUUCACCAAAAGGUUGCCUCUAUCUGAAAGACUGGCACAUGGCGAGGGAUUUUCCAGACCAUAACAUGUACACCACUCCUGUUUUCUUCUCUUCUGACUGGCUCAAUGAAUACUGGGAUCACCUUGAAGUGGAUGAUUACAGAUUUGUAUACAUGGGACCUAAAGGAUCAUGGACUCCCUUCCACGCCGACGUAUUCCGCUCCUACAGUUGGUCGGCAAACAUCUGCGGCAGAAAGAAGUGGCUGCUGUAUCCUCCGGGUCAAGAGGAGUUUUUGAGAGACUCUCACGGGAACCUGCCCUAUGAUGUCACCUCCUCUGACCUGAAAGACAAGAACCUCUACUCGCACUCGGAGCAGGCCUGUCAGCCCUUGGAGAUCAUCCAAGAGGCGGGAGAAAUCAUAUUUGUGCCAAGCGGCUGGCACCAUCAAGUCUAUAAUCUGGAGGACACGAUAUCUAUCAAUCACAACUGGUUGAAUGGAUGCAACAUCGACAUCAUGUGGCAGUUCCUUCAAAAUGAACUUUCGUCGGUGCAGAAGGAGAUCGAAGAAUGGAGGAACACUAUGGACUCGUGGCAUCAGCACUGUCAGGUGAUCAUGAAGGCCUGUUCUGGGAUUGAUUACUCCGAGUUUGGAUCAUUUCUAAAGAUCAUCGCAGACAGCCGAAUCUCCUUCCUAAACUCCUGCUCCUCGGGGGACCCCUCUAACUAUCCCCGUCAGACAGAGUCCCUCUCCAGCCUGGGGCCUUACCACGCGGCCUUCGAUCUGCAGAGAGUGGCCCACACCAUCGAAAGUCUGCUGUGCAACGAGGACUUCAAACGACUGGACCACUCCACUAUGAGCCUGCAGCCGGAGACGCUGUUAGUGCAGAUCAGAGACACGAUUCAGUCCACCAGGGGGCAGCACGUGCUUUAUCAAGAGUGA